UUAGAGAGAGUUUUGUUCCUUUGACUGACAGACAACCUGAAAAUGAUAUGGCUGGUUUCUCAACAUUCAUCAUCUUUACCUCUGUCUUCUGUCAGCUCACAGUAACAGCAACUUCUGGAACUCUGAAAGAAGUGGUUGGUGCCCUUGGUGGAUCUGUGACCUUCUCUCUGAAUUUCACAGAAAAACAAGUUGAGACUGUUAUAUGGAACUUCAGGUCAAUCACUCUUGCCAUCGUAGCUAAGGACCAUGUCCUAGUGCUCCAAAAUCAUAACAAAAACCGGAUAGUCUUUCCAGAUGGAAACUACUCCAUGAAACUCAGCCAGUUAAAGAAGAGUGACUCAGGUGUCUAUCGUGCGGAGAUUCACAGUCCAUCACUUCAGUAUCCCUUCAUCCAGGAGUAUGUGCUGUAUGUCUAUGAGCAUCUAUCAAGGCCCAAAGUCACCAUGGAUGAGCAAGACAAAAAUGGUACCUGCAUAACCAACCUGACAUGCUCCAUGGAAGAAGGAGGAGACAAUGUGACUUAUAGCUGGAAAGCCCUAGGGCGGGAAGUCAGUGAGAUUCAUGAUGGUGCCAUUCUCCCUAUCUCCUGGAGAUUGGGAGAGAAAGACAAGACUUUAAUUUGCAUGGCCAGAAAUCCCAUCAGCCACAGUUCUUCGACCCCCAUCUUUGUCCAGAACCUCUGUGAAGAUGCUGCCAAGGACCUAAAUUCAUCUAGGGUCAUCAUAUACAUCAUACCAUUGCUCAUCACACUCAGUUUCUUGGUGUUUGUCAUUCUUCUUACUAUGCGGACAGAGAAAAGAAAAGGCUCGAAGGAAGACAUGGAGAGAGUGGACAGCCACCAGGAAAAGCCCAACUUCUGUCCCCAGUUGGAAGAGAAUACAGAAUAUGACACAAUCCCUUACGUUAAUGGAACAAGGCUGGAAGAGGACGCAGCAAACACACUUUAUUCCAUUGUGCAGAUCCCCAAAUCGGUGAAGAGUCCCAGCUCCCUGCCUGCAACGCCCCAUAUGCCAAAGCCAUUAAGCUUUGACAAUAUUAUCUAGACAGCAGCACUCUCUCUUCUCACUCAAGAAAACCCUCAAAGAAUUCACCAUUCUCAGCAGAAACGGAAACUUCUAUCAUAGAUUGAAUGUAAAUGCCUCCCCACCCCCCAAACCCAUGUAUUUGCAUACAGAUGGUGAAGGCCAGGCUCAAGGGGGUUCAGAGCACAAUGACUCUUGGGGAUGGGGGUAGAGCCCAUUCACAUUCCAUUUAAUGAAGAAAUUUUCAAGACAGCAUACCAUCUAGGCCAUGACGCAGCCAUAGUCCCUGUAAGAAAUCAAAAACAAAGACAAGGAACAGAAGAUGUGGAAAACACGCAGUUUGAUAAGCAGCAUGAAUGCAUUUAAAGUUGUGGGGAAACUGGGUAUGCACAAUGCAGCUGUAACAGUUAAAGAGACGAGCUCCAUUAAAGAGUAACCCCAGACUUUGCACUAGGACAAUAGAGAAGGAUCACCGAGAGUGAGGCCCUAUCUAUCAAGAACUCCAAGGUAUAAACCGAAAAGCCCAUUUGACAAGCUUUCAUUUAAAAGCAAGACUGCCUGAACACAAAGUGUCCUACUUUGUCUCAUCAGACUGGGAAAGUGUUUCUCCAGAGUCACCUGCACAGGUUCUCAGAGCCUGCUGAAGUCCUGACUCAAGGGGGUGUGGCUCUAUCCUGGCCCAGCAGCAGAACUUGGCAGUGUCCAUAAUGCUGGUGGCUUUGCAGACGGGCAGACUGUAAAAUCUAGGGGCCACUGAGGCUUGCACCAAGGUUCCGGUGAGGGAAAGCCAAGUAAUGUAUAUCAAGAUUGGUCUUUCUGAGUGGAACUGCUGUGUAACCUUGAAUGAAACUCUGAAGGCAAAGUUCAGGUUGCAGUAUAGACUCCAGGAUACCGGAGCUGCAAGGAACAUGAAGCAUCUGCUGAGAAAACUCCAGGCACUGAAUGCAACCAAGAAAUAAGGCAUAUGUGCUUUAGGUAGCAAGGACAUGGAAACAGCCUCCCCAAAAUCCACGGGAGCAUACUGAUGUCACCACGUAUCCAGGAUGCCAGAUAUGGAGCUUCAGGGUUUACGUUCCCCUGCUGGAUCUUGACCUACCUUUGGUCUGCUCUUUCUUCGCUGUGCUCCAUUCCUCCCUUUUCAAUGUUUAUGUGUCCUCUACCAUUGUAAGUAUGUAAGUUUUUAAAUCUUGUUUUAUAGGGACUCACAGCUAAGAGUUCGCCUUUCAUCUCAUAAAAGACAUUGGACAUUGGACUGUUAUGGCCAGGGACUCUUGAAGUUUGAUGGAAUGCAUUUUGCAUUGUAUGACGAUCAUGAGUCCAUGUGAGCCAAAGUGUAGAUGUUAUGGAUUGAGCCUAAAAUAUGCUCCACAGCCUCAUGUGUUUGAACACUUGGUGUUCAGUUUGGACAACUGAUGGUAUUUUUUAGGGAUGCCAUAGAAUCUGCAGAAGACAAGGUCUGCCUGGAGAUGGUGGGUCUCCAAGUGGCAGGCCUUGAAGAUGAUAUUCACUUCUGGCUCUGGGCUGAGCCUUCUGCUUCUACCUCAGGUAGAGUCCUGCCUACCACGAUGUAAAGAAGCAGCCAUUGCAAACUCCCUCCAACACAGACCAAGCCCUUGCAGCCAUCAUGCCUUCUGAUGAUGGAACUUCAAAUCUUCUGGAACUCAAAAUCAAAACAACCCUCUGCCCCUGUGAGUUGCUUCUGUCAGGAUUCUGGCAGAAAAGCAAGAAGAGCAAUUAAUACAACUUCUUUCCAGAAUAAGCUAUUUGCAUGCUGCUUUGGACUCUGAGGUUCAUUUUAUCCCACUGCUGAGAACUCUCCUCAAACCCAGAGUCUGUAUUCCUUUCUGUAAAUGUGACUGUGAAUCUGUCAGUUAGGUCUAAGAAAAAAAAGCCCAGGAAUGUCUCGACAUGUAAGUACAAUAUUAAUUAAGGCCUUGGGACAGGAUCUCAAGACCCGUCUUAUUUCAGAACUUGAGAUCAGAGUUAUACAAGGAGACUGCUUGCCAGGACAGACAGACAUGUCCAGCACAAGCCACAGAAACCAUGACUACAGAGUACCAGAAGGCCCCAAGUGGGUAUGCAAGUGCCAGAGGUCAAAAUGCACAAGGACAGAAAACCCAACUAAACACCUAUGUUUGGCUGGUACCAUCCUCAUUGGGUGUCCAUCACUCAAAGCAUGUGGUGAUGGACAAGGACCCCUUACCUCUACUUCACUUGUACUUGCAUGCUCCAGGGGAAAAGCCUAAGCCCUGGACCUAUAGAGGAGUCCAUCUUUCUCCACAGAGAAAUAGCCUGAACACACAUUUUGGAUCUAGUUCACGACCUGGAGUCAAGGGAUAGAGUCUGGGGUUUGAUGGCUUGAAAAAUCUUUACAGUUGUUAAA